CAGUUGCAGUCAUAUAAUUCAUUCAAAAGAACCGGAGAAGUUCGUUGCGGAGAGAUCGACGAAACCGCAACCGUCUAACCAACCAUGGCGAUGCCCGUCGACUUCGGAGAUGCUGGCGUCAGAGGUGGGGGCGGGACUCUGUCAGAACUGUUCCAGAGCUCGAGGCGGCUAUUGCUGAAGACCAGAGAUGGAUUGGAGAAGCUGGAGCGCUUCGAGUACUCGUCUUCCUCCGUUGCAUUCUCAUCGUCGUCGAACGCCGCCUCGUUGGGCCUAGACUCUUCCGAUCAUCUAUUCGAUGCCGUUAGGAAGGACAUCACUCAGAUCCAGUCGCUAUGUUCCGAGAUGGAUCGCCUUUGGCGUUCCAUUCCUGCCAAAUCUCAACGUGAUCUCUGGAAAAGAAAGGUGGAGCAAGUGGCUGAAGAGGCCGACUCCUUGAAAGAUAGUUUGGAUAAAUAUUAUCUUCGUAAUCAGAGACGGAUCCAAGAAGCUCGAGAGAGAGCUGAAUUACUUGGAAGAGCUAAUGGCAAUUCAUCACAUGUUCUUAAGAUUUUUGAUGAGGAAGCACAAGCAAUGCAGUCUGUCCGCAGCUCUUCAAAGAUGAUGGAAGAAACCUUGGCAACUGGUGCUGCUAUUCUUUCUAAAUAUAGUGAGCAGAGGGACCGGUUAAAGCGAGCUCAAAGGAAAGCUCUGGAUGUUCUCAACACGCUGGGGCUAUCUAAUUCCUUAUUAAGACUGAUUGAGAGGAGAAACCGCACUGACAAGUGGAUCAAGUAUGCUGGCAUGGUUGUAACAAUCAUCAUCCUUGUUGUCAUAUGGAGGUGGACGCGAUGAACCGGGCUUAGCAAUCCGUUGAAUCUUUCAGCCCCGGAUUCACAGUAUUGUAAACUGAAGGCAGACAUAUACAAAUAGACAUAGGAAAAUUCAUAUGUGAUCCAGCCCUUUUAAACUUGCCUAAAUUAUUGCUUUUAUUAGCGUCAACAAUUUUGGGAUUGCUUUCAUCAUGUCCUUGUAAAAUGUAUGAAAAUGGAACCACCAGGAAAAAAAAAACAAAAAAAAAAAGGUCACCGCCUCGCCGGCGACUGGACUUACUGUUGGAAGACGGCAGCCGGAAUCCGGUGAUUCCGGCUGCCAAUCGGUGAUCGCCUACUGGCGUUUUAUAUAUUAUGCAGUGGUGGUGGGAGAUGGACUCUCAUUGUCAACCAUAAAUAUUAUCUUCCAGCUAGGUAAGAUGUGGCUUCUGCACCUACUCCCAGAAAUGUUGACUGAACAUUUUUGGUGUGUCAAAUGUCAAUUCCCUCAAGUGGCGAAGCUAGUGGGCUAGUGGCACCAUAUUCAUAUGAUCAUAUCCAUAUUGUGCACUUAAUGACUCGUCUGCCCCAUAUAAUUUGUGAAAUAGUAUAAAGUUUAUACA